AUGUUUUCCUCAACACUGCGCACGAUGCGGGUCAGGGAUGCCAGAAGGCAGGCCAAAAUAUUCGAAAGGGCAUACGAAGGGGCGUUGGAACGAGCCAGUCUUGACGUGGUUACCGAGUUCGCCGCCUCCAAUCUGGAGGUGUCGUAUGAUUCCGACUGGGAUCUGGCGGAGGGAGCAGAAGAUGACAUGGAGUUUUGGGAUGAUUCAUCAGAACAAGGUUCCGAAAGGGGUUCGAAAGGCGGAAAAGGAAAAGAGGUCGAGGAACGAAUACCCUUUAUUUAUCAACCACCCGACGAGAAUGACCCAGCGGACCAUCGUUCAGAUAUGAAUACUCUCUUGUGGUUGUUUGCAGCCACAAACAUCGGAUCCAAUCAAGACAACCACAAGACACCGAAAACAGAAUCCAGCAACUCAGAUACAUCUAUGGGCGAUGCCGAAGACCUUGAGCAGCGUGAUGCAGAGAUGGAAGAUGUGCUGGGCGAAUCAGAGACUAAAGCUCGCAAACUAGAGGGCACAUCAACUCCAGAGACAGCGACCUCGGGAACCCCGUUCGAGCCAGAAGCUCACAUCCAAAUGGGUGGCGCACUGCUAGCAACAGAGCAAGGGAAUUCCGGGAAGAAGUUUCCCCCAGGGGUUCAUAUCGAGCAUGUGGAGAAUGUUGAGAGUAUCAUCGAAGGUGUGCCACGGAGAGAAGACGACGGGUCCCUUGAAGCGGCACAACUUGAAGGCUCAUCUGAAUCUGCCAUGACACACAAAGACGAUCAACAGCAAGUGGUAACACCCGGUGUUGUGAAGAAGCCAUCCCCCAUCUCGGUCGGAUUCUUGGAGGGUACCUGGUAUCAGUUCCGCGAAUUGCAAGAGUUCUGCGAGUGGGAAGAUGCGCACGAGUGGAACCGAACAUAUCUUCGCAAAAUGCUCCGAGAGCCUUUGCGGCAGAGUCGGACCCGCCAUCGACAACGCUCUCGAAUGCCCUAUCCCCGAUACGGACGAUCGAGAAGCCCGCUUGGUGUCACUGUGAUGACGGAGGGGCCUGUAGAAGACACAAAGUCGGCAUAUGCGGCAGAAAACGUAAAAUGGUAGUGACAUGGAGACUGGGUAGCGUCUUGGAGUAUGACACGCAGGACUUUCUGG